AUGCCCGGGAACCGGAGCCGUCGUCGCCGUCGUCGCCGUCGUCGUCGUCGUCGUCGUCGUCGUCGAGGGUCGUCCGGUGGCCAGAGUCGGCCCCGCUCCCGCACCGCCCGAGCGGAGCUAUCGUUCUCUGUGAGCCACGUGGAGCGCCUCCUGCGGCAGGGCCACUACACCCGGCGCCUGAGCCCCUCCACCCCGGUCUUCCUGGCCGCCGUCGUCCAGUACCUGACGGCCAAGGUCCUGGAGCUGGCGAGCAACGAGGCCCACAACGGCGGCAGGAGGCGCAUCACCCCAGAGCUCGUGGACAUGGCGGUCCACAACAACGCGCUGCUCAGCGGCUUCUUUGGGGCUACGACCAUCUCCCAGGUGGCCCCGACCCGGGAGUAGCUGCCCGGCGUGACCCGGGUCCG